GCAGCGGCCCACCGGCCCGUCCCUUGCUCGCUCAUCAGAGCGGGGCUUCUCUCGCGCCUCGGAGGGCGCGGCGGCUGCCCGGCGGGAUGUUUCUGGCGCUGAACGAACUGCUCGGAGUCUCCGUUGAGCAGCCGGAGCGGAGCAAGUUGACUCUGCUUUGCGCCACCAAGACAGAUGCCAGCUUUCUGGUCCACCACUUUCUCUCCUUCUAUUUGAAAGCUGGCUGCAAGGUCUGUUUUCUCGCCGUCGUGCAGUCCUUCAACCAUUACAGCAUUGUGGCUCAAAAGCUGGGAGUUAAUCUCAUUACAGCCAAAGAACAAGAUCAGCUUGUGUUCUUUGAAGGGCUGAAAUCUGCGAACCACGUUUUGUUUGGUGGAGUGCAGGAGACAGAUGAUACCAGUCCUUUCCAAUUUAUCAGUGGAGAUGGCUCAAACCUGAAAGUGCUUUACGAGUUUGUCCAGACAGCCCUGAGUCCUGCUGCUAGUGGAGACCCAUGGAAAUGCCCUGUGCUUAUUGUGGAUGAUCUCAGUGUCUUCCUGAGCCUGGGUGUGAGAUUGAUGGACAUUCUGAAUUUCAUUCAUUAUUGCAGGGUCACCGUGAACUCUCAGUUGAAGGGGAACUUGGUGUUAAUGGUGCACAGCAGUGAAGACUCGGAGGACGAGGAGAACGAACUUUUGGUGAAGUCCCUCCGUCACCAAUGUAAUAGCAUUCUGUGGGCCGAAGGCCUAGCCACUGGCUACUGCAAGGAGGUCCACGGGCAGCUGACGAUCAUCGAACGAAGUCCCUGGGAAUCCAGAGCUGCGAGGGACCUCCAGCGCAUUUACCAGUAUAAGAUCCAGGAUAAGAAUGUCACGUUUUUCGCCAGGGGAAUGUCAGCAGCUGUCCUGUGAUUUGGGGGAGAGGAGAGAGAGAUUUCUGGUGCUCAAGGAAUGCUUCUGAUGGGAGUCAGGGAGCCAGAGAGACCAAGGAGGGUUCGUUCUGUGCUGUCUUCUCAGAGGGAUGUGAUUGGCGUGGUCCUGUGCUGAAUUGUUGGCAGGGGACCUGACAACCCGGAGACAAGAUGGAAACAGAUAGUGAUGCAAUAAAUGACAUUGAUCAAA